UGAACCUUCGUUAAUAAUCCAUCUGUUUCACCACGUGUAUCAAGGAGUUAGUGAAUUGUUUACUUUUAUUUAAAGUAAAACUAUGGAUUCAGAUCAGGAGGACGAGGUUCCGAACGUAAAUUUUGUGCCAAGUUUAUUAUUCGUGAAACGUGGAGUAGCUAAGGCUAAUCCAGAUAAGAUCACUCUUGCUCCUGAGGAAUUGGCCAGAAUAAUCAACGAGGCGAGAGAAGACUUGGAUAACGAUGGGGUUGAUAACAUGGAUACUUCGGAUGACGAAGAAAAUGAAGAAAGCAAUGAUUCGUUAGAACAGACAGCCCUAUCAGUAAACAAUCAUAGCACCGACAGCCAAAGGGCUGAUGAGUACAACUUAGAAACGUACGACCAAGAAUCCGCCAACAGUGGAUUGCAUCUUAGCACGGUUGCUGUUGUGGAUCCAACAGAAAACUUUCAGGAUGAAGAAGAUUCGGAUGCCGAAGAUGAAAUUAUCAAGCCAACCGAUAAUUUGAUUCUCGUUGGACACGUCCAAAAUGAUAGUGCAUCAAUGGAAGUUUACAUUCUUAAUGAAGAAGAGGGAAGUCUCUACGUACAUCAUGAAUUUUUACUACCAAGUCCACCGCUUUCUAUAGAAUGGCUAAGUUUUGACCCAGGUAGUGAUAAACCGGGAAAUGUGUGCGCUAUUGGGUGUAUGGAUCCGGUCAUAACACUGUGGGAUUUAGAUAUACAAGAUUCACUUGAGCCCAUCUGCAAACUUGGCUCGAAGGGAAACCGUAAAAAAAAUAUACCGAGAAUGGGACACAGUGAUGCUGUGCUUGAUUUGUCGUGGAACAAUUAUCUACCACACAUUUUAGCCAGUGGCUCAGUCGAUCGAACAGUUAUUCUUUGGGACUUGGAGGAAGGCAUUCCUCACACCACUCUUCGACAAUUCGAGGAGAAAGUACAAGCAUUAGCGUUUCACCCUAGCCAAGCAGAGACACUCUUAGCUGGCAGUUGCGAUGGGAAGGCGUAUGUGUUUGACUGCCGUUCUACAACGGACGAGAUUAGCAGCUACAAGUCCUGGUCCCUGGGAGCAGAAGUGGAACGUGUUUGCUGGGAUCGGUUUAAUGAGCGCCACUUUGUGGCUAGUACGAAUGACGGGUGUAUCCACUACGUAGACAUACGUCGCGAGGAUCGUACAUUAUGGAAAAAGCAGGUUCAUGAGAAGGAAACAACGGGAUUAGUUCUCAGUUCUAUGGUAAAAGGAAUGCUCACCACGGCCUCAGCUGAUGGAACACUUAAGGUGUGGGAUUUAAACGAACAAGACGCAUGCUUGGUAUACAAGAAAAAUCCAAAAAUUGGCGUCAUCCAGUGUCUCGCAGAGUGUCCUGAAAACCCUUUCACUCUUGCUUUGGGCGGUGAUUUGAAAUCGAGGAACUUUUGUGUUUUGAACUUAUUGGACAAUGACGGAGUAUCGAACAUGUUCAAGCCAAGAUUUGAUGGUGCGCAAUCGUCGAGCAAUAUCGUCAGUUCAGCUUUCGAGACAAUGGAGGAAUCAGCAAACCAGGAUGUUGAUGUAGAUUUAGAGUAAAAAUUGAAUUGCUUCUUUACUAAAACAAAGUCUCACUAUUUGAUUGAUUGCACAAUCCCUCCCACAUGAUUUGAACAAUUUAAAUGAUUGCUUCUUGGGAAAUUUGCGCUCGAGUGCAGAACGUGAACACUCCUAGCACUUGCACUGCGUUCAAACAAAGGAGGGAAAAUUAACAAAAUAAAAUAUACGCAUACAUCAUCCGUUUACAAUUCAUAGGUCCCUCGUAUAUCCUGAAGGUCUACAUUAUACAAAAAUUAAUAAAACUGGCUAAGCCUUAGUUGUUGUACGGUUCUGUA